AGGCUGCCGGGAGUCGCCGUCACGUGACUAACCCGGAAGUCAGGUACGGUUUGAAAAGAGGAACUUGCUUUCCUUCUAAGUUUCUCCGGCCCAACAUAACUUCGCAAUCUUCCCAAGAACACCCUAAGAGAAAGAAGAUCUACUUCAGAAUCUACUGAAUCUGACCUAGCGGAUUUGCGACAUCUGGCCACGAGGCAUUGGUGUGUUUGGCAUCAGCAGAACUACGGCGGAACAACUCAUGGAGGAGAAAGAAAAGGAGCUGAGAGAUGCCGCCGGGCGAGGUGACGAGGUCAGAGUUCAGCAGCUCCUAGCCGAGGGAGUCAAUGUCAAUGCUGAAGACAUCAGCCCCACCUCCAGAUGGACUGCCCUUCAUCAUGCAUCUUCGAACGGCCACACUGGAAUUGUACAAGCUUUACUCACAGCUGGAGCAAGAGUCGACCCACGAACUUUCUUGAGAUAUACCCCUCUCCGCAAUGCAGCUUCGAACGGACAGACAAGAACUGUGCAGGCUUUACUGACAGCUGGAGCAGACAUUAAUGCAAGAGACCACAGGAAUCAGACUCCCCUUCAUAAGGCGGCAGAAAAUGGGCACCCCGAGUGUGUUAGAGCACUGCUGAAGGCUGGAGCCAACACCGUCAGUAGAGACGAGGACAAGAAGACAGCAGAGGAGCUUGCAGUACAAGAGGACGUGCUGCAGGUGCUCCAGUACUUCAAAGACCUCCAUCCAAAAGUGGUGAAUGGCGGACUCACUAUCGACCUCAGCGGCAAAGGCCUGACCUCCGUCCCAGCCGAGGUGUUUGACGCCACAGAUAUCGAACGCCUUGUCCUGUCUAACAACAGGCUGGCGAGCAUACCCGAGGAGAUAGGUCAACUACAGAAGCUUCGGGAACUUAAACUUGACAACAACCUGCUGACACAACUGCCCCAAGCAAUCACUACUCUGCCUAACCUACAGUACAUCGACGUGUCGGUAAACAAGUUGGAAACAUUACCUGAUGGAAUCUCCGGGUUACAACUUUACCAGCUCUACCUCCGAAACAAUAGAUUCAGAGAGAUACCAGAAGAAGUUUGUUCACUACUUCAACUCAAGAUCUUGGACGUAGGAAAAAACCCACUCAAGCGUCUGCCUGACAACAUAUGUCAGCUCACAGGGCUAAGGAGGCUUGAAAUAGAUAUCUGUCAGUUUGAUGAGUUCCCCAGACAGGUGCUACAGUUAGAAGGGUUACAAAGGUUGGACAUAGGGGAGUGGGCUGGGGAGGGCAAACCUUCACCUGUACCUGAAGACAUCGGCAGACUGAAGAACCUACAAGUCUUGGAUUUGCAAGAUAGUGGCGUGGAGUCACUACCGGAUGGUGUUGGGGAACUGGUGCAGUUGACGGACUUAAACAUUGCUGGAAACAGAUUCACAUCAGUUCCUGAUGAAGUCAUGAACCUGUCCAACAUCAAGAGUUUAAAUUUGACAGAAAACAGAAUUGCUUGCCUUCCCAUGACUUUGAGCCGAUUGACCAAACUGGGGGACAUCAAUAUCUUGGGUAACCCCAUGACAUACCCUCCUCCCGAUGUCUGUAAGAAAGGUACAGCCGCUGUUAUGGAUUUCCUAAGAAGGGAGACAAAGGAGGAGAAAGAGAGAGAACUGGGGAAACUGUUCUACCGCUUCUCACGAAAGGUGACGCAAAGAGCUGAGGUGGAAGCUCUGGCCGCAGUAGCUGGACUAAAGCCUAGCGAGAGAAACAGUUUAAUGGGUAAAGACAAGGCGAAUCCAAGUUACCAGGCCCAGAAUGUGCUGUUGAAGUGGAUGGAGAAAGACCAAGAAGCGUCCAUGGACAAGCUUCAGCGGGAGCUACGUGAAAUCGGCAUGGAAACACUGGCAGAGGAGGUUGGCAGGAUCAAGGCAGAGCGAUUUAAGCGGCCGUCAGAUACAUCGGGCGGGCCACCUGCCAAGCGACAGGCAGUCGGAGGGUCUCGUGUGGGGCAUCAGGAGGAACAGCAGCCCGAAGAGAAGAUCGGACAGGCAGAACAGAAACUUGGACAGAUGCAACAGGAGGAACAGCAGACCAAAGAGAAGAUCAGACAGGCAAAACAGGAUCCCACAGUCACGACUGGAGAGCAUGCAGGCAGGGUACAGAUGCAUCAGGAGGAACAGCAGACCAAAGACAAGAUCAGACAGGCAGAACAGAAACUUGUACAGAUGCAGCAUCACAGUGAGGUUCAGCAGGCCAUGGUCAGCAGUCUCCGUGCAGAGGUCACCAGGUUAAGCAACAAGGACGAGCGGGCACAGAAGGUCCUGCUGGACCACAAGCAGGAGAUACAGCAGCUUCAGGAGGCUAAUGUUGCCAUGGCAACCCGGGUGGAAAACUUUGUAGAGGAAAACGAGAAGCUGAGAAGUCAAGUCGUACUUCUUGGGGGCGAACAACAUGCUGACGAACAGACGACCGAGGUGUUGGAGCGGACCAUCCUGAUGUUCACUGAAAACGUUCUGCAGAAGUGCAGACAGAGCAAACCAAACCUGGAGGAGAGAGGCCGGAAAAAGUCAGAGCGACUCAAGCCGCCGGCAGAUACAUCGGGCGGGCCACCUGCCAAGCGGCAGGCAGCCGGAGGGUCUCAUGGGGGGCAUCAGGUAGAACAGCAAACCAAGGAGCUGGCUACUUCAGCAGAAAGCGAGCUGCUGACCAAGCUGAGCUGCAGACUUGGUCCUGACUGGCGGCGGCUGGGAGCUGCGCUGGGGAUCCCACAGCCACGACUGGACAGCAUACAGGCACGGUACAGCAACGCCAUCCAGCGGGCCUGCAAGGUACUGACGGUCUGGAUGGGUGGAGGGGACCACGGACUUCCGCACGACCUCAAGCAGCUGGAGACAGUCUUAGCAGACAUGGACAGGGCUGAUCUCUUAGACUUUGUGAAAACUGCCUAUAAGGACUACAUAAAGGAGAUGCCGGAGAUGGAGGUGGAACCCGAGGCUUCCCUGGAUGAGCAGGGAGUUACGACAUGGUCUGUCCAACUGCCCGGCCGGGGGAAGUACGUCUGCAAACAAACCGACCUGGGGGUCGUUACCCCCUGCCCUGUCCAGCUGACCUACAGGACAGUGAACCCGUCUGAGCAUUGGCCGGAGAACGAGGACUGGGAGCUGAUUGGUCCGCUGUUCCACAUCCAGUGUAACCAUGACGACGGCGUACCUGUGGAGCUCCUCCUACCGCACAUCCUGGACCUGACACAGGAGGAUGGCAGCGCUCUCACCACGGAUGAAGCCAAGGCUGCUCACGUUGUGGCGGGAAACACAACACUUCACCCCGCUGACGUCACGCCCUCCCACGUCAUCACCAGGCAUGUGAAGGGAAGUCUGUGGGCUUCUGUACUGCAGAAACUCCGAUCCUUGUCCAUCAACAGGAAGGGCCUGCUUACGCUCUUCAAAGCGUCUCCGACUCAGGACGCUGUGGAUGUAAAGGCUCACAUCGUUACAAACACGAAAGACAUGGUCAAGACCUUGCAGGAGGACCUGUCCCAGCUGGUCCCGCAGUUCUACCCCUGGGACUCCCUCCCCUGCUCCUUCCGGCCUCACCAGAUCUACUGUCUGCAGGCAUCAGUGGAGAACGGAACCUUGGCUCAUGCGGAGCCGGAACCACCUGAAGGUUUGGAGUAUGAAGACACAUUCGAUCGCAACAGGAUCUACCCGUCCUUCCACAUGGCGGUUCACCGACAGCCGGACAGGGAGCGCCUGCAGCACCCACAGUUAACUCUGAAGCUGUUUCAGGCGGAGGACAAUCAAGUCGUCUGUCGGUGUACAAGAGACCUGUAUGGCGAAACCGCAGGUGGACAGACCUUCAGCUCAGGUGAAGAUGUCCGACGACACUUCUUCUUCAUCAAAGAGAACGUAAGCACGGAUUGGAAAGACCUGGCUCACUUACUGGGCUUCACCAGGCCUGACAUCGACUCGAUCCAGUACAAACCGGCCAACCGCGACGCCAAGGACUGCUGCAUGGACAUGUUGGAGGCGUGGCGGAGGCGGAGAGGCGACGCCGCCACCUUACAGGUGCUUCUGCGGGCUCUGACUGAGGCUGGACUACAGGACAUCGUGGAUAAGCUCAACAAAAUAUAAGCAUACUCCGUUUUUUUUAUCCCAUCUGAGUAACCGGGUGGUGACGAAAGCUAGCGAUUCAUUUUCAUCUGAGCAGUUUUUUCGAUGUAUCUCUUGUCCCGGACAUGAUACGGUCUUGCCAUUUGGGCGGCAGGUAGCUUUUAACGCCAGGACAAGUUGAGGCAAGUUUCAUGCAGCCCCCUAACAUUGAAUUUUGAAACUGCAAGGGCAUUUUUGUCAAAACAUUCCAAAG